AUGUUCCUGCCGUGGAUCUCCAAGUGCGAGCUGGUACCGGUCUCCGCCGACUCCUAUGUGCUCAAGAAAUUCUCGGACAAAUGCCAGCGUGGAAUGUGCUCCAUGGUCGUGGGUUACCUCACAGAGGAGAAUGUGGACACACAGACGGUUCUUCCCAGUGGUCACCACAUCCGCUGGGCUAUGGAGGUGCUAGGUCACUCGUUCGCUUUGCCUAUGGACGACUCUGAGGUCAUUCAAGGCUCGCUGGAUAUCUACCAGCGCUGGCUCGGGGUGGACGACGAGACUCUGGCUGCUAAAGGCGGAAAAAGCAAGGACCAGAGACCAGCCUGCAUGCAGAAAGUGGAACAGACCUUCAUUCAGGAUAUGCUGGGCCAGAUGACGUUGCUGUUCGAAGAACGCUCCAAUAAUGGCGUCCCCAGUGGGAGUGGCGAAGCCAACAUGGCAACUCACGUGGCAUUGUGCACCAAAGUUUUGGAGACUUUUGAUGCACUGGUGAAGCAUCGUGGAGCUCAGCUUUCCAACUCGACGUGGGAUCGGUUAAUCCGUCUAAUUCUUGGUGCUGCCGAUGGGCUGCUGCAUAAUCUACGCAACCAAUUGGGUAACCAAUUGUGUGGGCAGCUUGUGAGGAUCCUGUUUGAAGUGUAUCUGCGAUCACUGCCGCAGUGCGGGCCUAGGGGAGAGCUGUGGAGUCUAUUGCAGAAGUUUUGCCGGCGGUGGAUUCACCGUGCGUUGGUUAUCGAGCAGUGGAAUGCUGUCACACUGGGACUUACGCGUAGUCUAAUGAAGCAGAUCCACGAUCGGAACGCGUCUAAAGAGAUUGAGAUCAUUUGGGCCGACAACCGGCAGCCGUCCAAGUUCGAGUUGGAGAAUCCCAUGCUUGCCUACGCUUGGUACCGUCUACUGCGUGUGAUUGGCCAUCCUUCUGCAAUUUUUGACCCGGACGUGUACCUCGCCGCUGUAAAGGGAGUGAGUCGACUUGCUGACGAAUUUGCUCGCAUUGAAAAGGUACCGCGCGUGCAGUGGGAGCACGUGCUGGGUGCUCUUAAUCAGACCCCGAAUCGUGACAGCCCAGUGUUCCAAGGAGUUCAAAAUGGUGAUGCCGAUGGGUCUGAAGAUCUGUCCACAGCAACUCCGACGACUACUGAGCAGCCACGAGCUCCACCCGACGUCAACACAAUUCUCCGAUUGCUCGGACCGUGGCUAUUUGAUGCCUGUUUGACCCGCAAGCCACGCUUUGCCGCAGGUCGUAGUGAGGCUUUACGGUGCCUCGGAAAACUUCUGUGUCACUAUUCCAACGGCCGCUCUAAACGUGUUAACUGGGCCUACAGCGUUCGCAGUUUGAUGGCUCUACAGAACGCAUUGCUCGAUGAUGACGAACGGAUUGCAGCUUCAGCAGUGUACAACUGGUCAAAUGUAUUCAGUUUGUACGGAAAUCAUACACUGCGCGGUGCAGGAGUUGUUGCGGGACCGUUCCACAAGGCAGUCGAGCGUGUAUUCCGUGCUGCGGAGCGUAAAGAUUCGUCAUCGUCUUCAAGUACAAAGGCGGAUGGGCGACGUGGAGGAGAUUCAUUCUUUGUUCAAGAUGAUCAGCACAUUGGUGGAAUCCCGAUUGUACUGCUCCGACGUGCAAGUAUCGAGGCCUGCAGCUCGCUUCUUACUAUCCAUGCUCACGUUCCGCGUAAUCUGAUUAAGGAGGCUGAAAAGGAGAUUGUGGCAACUUCGAUGGCCGACAUACCGGGACUGUAUUCAACGUUGCCGAAGUACACCAGCUCGAACGUCGUUGCCCUCCUGAUGACAGCGAUCAAGACGGAGACAGACCCUACCAACCAGCAGAUGAUGAUGUGGAUCAUGACAGUGGCUAUACAGCAGGAGGCCGCUUUCUGGACGAACGGCUUGGCCUCCAGCCGUAACUCGCAAGUACCUUUCACGAUCCUGCUGAUUUGUUCGAUCAUCAGCAAGUCGCAAAAGUACAAGCCGCCAGUGCUGUUCACUGCGUUCGAAUGCUUGCGUCACUUGUCGCUGGUUUGCGAGGAAGUGUUCUUCCACCACGCAAACUCCGUUGUCCACUUGGUGAACGCGUGCUGCGAUUUCAUCAGUAACAGCGCACCGAUUUUGAGGUCAAGAACGGCGCCAUUUUAUCUGGAUAGCCUCAUGGCGGCAGCGUAUCACUGCAUCAUCGAGUGGAUCGUAGCCGCGCCUCUAUUGCUGAACAAACAACAGGUCAUUGCCAAGAUCAUCACAACCAUUGUGGACGGAAACGAGCGAUUUCAAUCAUUGUCGCCCAAUACGACGAACAUGGCAGUGCGCGAGGCUGCUCAGAAGUUGGUGAACAUGCUGAUGAAGCACCACGUUUCGCACACUAGCAAUGCUGGUUCCAUCGGUACUCACUCAUCGGGACUAACUGAGAAGUCUGUGCUUACACAGUUUUGCGAGCUUAACGACUCGACCGACAUCUAUCGCCACUGCCGAUUCUUCUCCGUGAACAAGAAUUCUAUUCUCACGGUCAUCGAAAAACCUGCGAAUGCUGCACAAUCAGGUGAAGCGAUCUUGAUCAUGCGAGACGCGACAGGCCGUUAUGCCUGGCGCUCUAAACCCCGGCACCGUGACGGGCCUCGCCCCAAAAGCAUUGCUGAGUUCGAGAACUUUUGUGAAGAUCCUCGAAGGGACAGUGACUUUGAUUCCGAUGCUAAUACGCAUGACGACAGUGAUGAUGAAGAUUAUCAAAGUGAUGAGGAGGCACGUGUUGAAGAUCCAUUGCUUACGGCGAUUCGUGACACUCAUGCAAAGACUCCAAUGACAAGCUGGCGUUCGUCACCUUCUGGUGGGGUUGAAACUGACUCAGAUCCCACGAAGGUCUUGUCUGGCGAAGGCAACACCGGAAUGAGCACAAUUGAGCGCAAAGCACAGGCUGGCCGUGAUGAUGGUCGUGGCACUCAAGAUGCCGUGUUCAUGAGUCUGCUUGUGUCACAAACUCAAGAGGACAAGCUUGCUUCCCAACCGAAGGGAUCCGCACGUGGCGUGAAGUGCUGUAAGCCUACGCCACCGGAGAAGGACCCUGCACUCCAAACGUGGGAGGUUUCUCGGAGAAUGAUGAGUGAACUGGGUUUCCUGUCGGUGCGCAACUGGGGUUCUGUCUUUGCUAUGGAUGCAACUGUGACUACCGAUUUCCUUCGUGACUUGGAGACGCUGGACAAACUCCCCGAGCGUGAGACGUUUGAUUUUUCUGUUGCAUAUGCGUUCACUGGCACAUCUCGAGGCGGCUACGACCAGAUUCAUUUAGCUACAUCGACGGAUGUGCGCGCUGGCUACGUCGAGCUUUCCAAGAACUAUAGCCUCUUCCUCUCGUCGAUCGGUGAACACGUGGAUGGCCAUGAUCACACAGGACACUCGGGCUUCGACGCUGAGCUCGUGAAGGGCCGGAUGCUGUACUAUUCCCACUACAGUCACGAGGCUUGCAUCUACGUGCCUACACUACUGGUGGAUGGAGAGGAAGAAAGCGAUAGCGACAGUGACAGUGAUGCUGAAGACACGGAGGGCGCGAAUGCAAGGGCGCAGUUCCAACACGCCAAUGUACUUAUUGUUUGGAACGAAUGCCAGCAGACGUACCGCCCGGGCAGCGUGUUGUGGGAUGCAGUAUUCAAGUUGCCAAUGCCGACGUCGGGUGUGGUACUGAUCAUCGACCCGCUGGGCAACGAUCUCUACUGCGUACACGUGAGCCACGAGUCUUCUCCGCUAUUCAACCAACGCGAUGUUAUUGCAAACCAAGAAGACUAUGUGGACGAAGCGGACGUGUACACUAGCCGUGUGCUGGGUCCGUUGCUAGAUGGCAUGGUUGUCAACGGUGCUUGGCUGGCUCCACUUGUGCGUCAAACCGCUAUCAACGCCGCCAUCCUUUCACGGUCCUUCCAUCGUUACCAACACGACAUUGGUGCAGUUUCGUCUUCCCCUGUGGGUGCUGAGGCCAACCGCAGCAAGGUGAUCUCCUCAUUUGUUGAAAAGCACAUGCGUCCGAAGCUUCCUGGCGAGUUCUACGGUGACUUGUUUGCAGAUCUUACCAACGAAGGCUAA